AUGGAAGAAAGUAAUAAUCUUUAUCAGACAAAUUUCAGUCCCAAAAUCUCAGAAAUCAGAGCUUCUCUGUCUCAGAUCAUACUAGCCGGAGGACCAAACACACUCGACUCAAUCUUCUCACUUCUCACUCCUUCCUCCGUCACAGCAUCCAUCGACACUUUCAAUCCUCCUCCACCGCCGCCACCGCAGCUAGGCUCCUCCGUCUAUCUCCGGCAACGAGAUCUUAUCGAAAGACUCCACCUUCAAAACAGAGCAAUCUCCACUCCUCCUCCUCCUCUGUUUUCCUCAUCGUUCGAUCACCAAUCUUCAAUCGCCAACGCCGCGAAUCCGGCCGCCGCUUUCGCCGCCGCGUUAGCGGCCGGGAGGACGCCGAAAAAGAAGAAGCUUUACAGAGGAGUGAGGCAGAGACAUUGGGGGAAAUGGGUGGCGGAGAUCAGAUUGCCGCAAAACAGAAUGAGAGUCUGGUUAGGUACUUACGACACGGCGGAAGCCGCCGCGUACGCUUACGAUCGCGCCGCCUACAAGCUCCGCGGAGAAUACGCUCGUCUCAAUUUCCCGAAUCUCAAAGACCCGAGUGAGCUGCUCGGGCUCGGAGAUUCCUCUAAGCUGAUUGCUCUCAAAAGCGCAGUCGAUGGGAAGAUCCAAACGAUUUGCCAGAGAGUCAGAAGAGAGAGAGCGAAAAAGAGCAAAACUUUGCCGGCAGCGACGACGGCGGAUUCCUCGUAUUCAUCCUCGCCGGAGAUUCUGUCUUCUUCUCCGGCGGCAACGGCGACUACGACUGCGGUUAAUUCAGAUGAUAGUUACUGGGCAAUGGGAUUGUGGAACAGCGAGAAUAGCUCUCCGGCGUCGGUUUCGAUCUCCGAUGAAAUUCCGGCGAUGACAACGGCGGUGGCGGAGGAGGAAGACAUGAUGAUGGGAGUGGAUACUGAUGGGUUUUUGCUGGCGAGGAUGCCAUCGUUCGAUCCAGAGCUUAUUUGGGAAGUUCUCGCAAACUGA